AUGAAGUACUCCGCUGUUGCUGCUCUCUUGGCUGCGUCGUCCUCGACUGUGCUCGCCGCCCAGUUCGAUGUCACCGUUGCGUUCAACAAGACAAAGACGUACACCCCAAACAACUUGUCCGUAAACAUCGGAGACACGAUCAAGUUCACAUGGGCCGGUGGUCCACACACAGUCACGCAGAUGGGUGAGAACAACGACCCCUGCCUUCCCCUCACCGGCGGUAUCGACUCCAAGAAUCAGACCGCACAAUCUACGCUCGGUCUCAAGUUCAACACCGCUGGCACGCGCAUGUUCGGAUGCACAGUCGGCAAGCACUGUGCAGGAGGCAUGAAGUUGACGGUGAACGUCCUUGAGGCGGGUGCCCCUGCGCCAGUGGCUACCGGCUCCACCGGCUCCACCGACACUGCGGCUCUUCCCAGUGCAACUGCUCCCGCCGCCACGCCCGCAUCUCCUGCCUACCCCGUCGCAACCGGCACUUCUACGACACCCACCGGCACAACGUCAGGAACCGUGCACACGAUUAUUGCCGGGCAAGGAGGUCUUACAUUCACCCCUGCCGCGCUCACCAUCAAGCAAGGCGACACCGUCACAUGGUCCUUCCCCGGCAGCACGCACAACGUCAAGCAGACCGCCGACAAAGACAGCUGCACACCCAUGGCCGGCGGUUUCCAGUCCACCAACCUGAUGGGCGGCGCCACCUUCAACCACACAUUCACUACCGAGACCGGCGUCAUCUGGUACGUCUGCACGUUCCAGGGACACUGUGGACAGGGAAUGAAGGCCGCUAUCACCAUCGACGGUACCACCGGAGCCACCACCAACGGAUCAACGGCGACCCCCGCCGCCGGCUCCACGUCGUCUGCAGGGACAACUAUCGUCUCCCUCGCAAGCUUAGCUGGUGCCGUCGCCGCCAGCGCAUGGAUGUUCUUGUAA